CCCCGCCAGCGAGCGCCUCUUUAUACUCGCGUGCGGAGCGGAGCGGAGCGGCUGCGGGGCUGAGCAUCACCCGGCGAGGCGACACCGAGUCCCCUGCCAACAUGUCCGACAAACCCGACAUGGCCGAGAUCGAGAAAUUCGACAAGUCGAAAUUGAAGAAGACAGAGACGCAAGAGAAAAACCCGCUGCCUUCAAAAGAAACAAUUGAACAGGAGAAGCAAGCGGGUGAAUCGUAAUGAAAUCUGCCCUUCCAAAUUAUGCACUGUACAUUCCACAAGCAUUGCCUUCUUAUUUUACUUCUUUUAGCUGUUUAACUUUGUAAGAUGCAAAGAGGUUGGAUAAAGUUUAAAAUGACUGUACUGCCCCUUUCACAUCAAAAGAAUAGAGAGAACUACUGACACUGAAUGAAGGCGCUGCCUUUCCCUCUGCCUGUCUGGCUUUGGUCCUGGUGGCAUGAAAGAGCUUGCAUGUUGAUGAAAGAAGAACCUGGGUGGGACUACAGUAAACUAGAGUAACACACGAAUAAAUGCAAAGCUGUACCAAGGUCCUGCGAGCUGUAAAAUGCAGUUAAUCGA